GACCCACCGUGAGGUCGCUGUUAACCGUAGGUUAUAAAUAAAGGUUUGGCAGAACGCGUGGGUAAUAUUUCUGGAAGGAGCUGACUCGCUGAACUACUGCUGCUUGUACAUUGUCUUAUUUAAAAGGUUCACUUCCAGACAGACUGAGCGCAUUUGAACUUUUGUAACGAUUCACAAAUACCACGAAAACCGACCGGACCCUUGAAAACAUGGCCGAAAGCGACUGGGACACGGUGACUGUGUUGAGGAAGAAGGGCCCUACUGCUGCCCAGGCCAAGUCCAAACAGGCAAUCACUGCUGCUCAGAGACGUGGGGAGGAUAUUGAGACGACUAAAAAAUGGUCUGCAGGACAGAAUAAGCAGCACCUCGUGACCAAAAAUACUGCCAAGCUGGACAGGGAGACAGAGGAGCUACACCACGAGAGGGUUCCUUUGGAGGUGGGCAAGGUCAUUCAGCAAGGCAGACAGGAGAAGGGAAUGACCCAGAAAGACCUCGCCACAAAAAUUAACGAGAAGCCUCAAGUGAUUGCCGACUAUGAAAGCGGAAAGGCGAUACCCAACAACCAGGUCAUGGGAAAAAUUGAGAGAGUCAUUGGCCGAAAGCUGCGUGGGAAAGAUAUUGGCCAACCCCUGGAGGCUAAACCCAAGAAAUGAACACAAAGCCUCGAAAUCAGCCCUCCCCAUCCCCAUAUGUGACCCCUAACUUAACCCUGAAUCCUUUCCAAGGAUUUCUUGGAAGCCUCUUCCAAGAAAUCCCUAUUCCUGUACCCAUCUCCCAUCCCACCCUGCCAAAUAUCCCACUUCUCUUCUCCAAUCCUCUUCCUUACCUGGGCUGAUCUCACCUGCGUCCCGCCCGAGGACCUGGUGAUCGACUGUACCACAUGCUGCGUACAAACGGGUCAUCUGUAACACUUAAUGUAAACAAAUAUGAUUGAAUGCAUUUUUUCUCAGUACAUUUCUUUCACCUUCUAGGCUUUUAGCAUGACGGUGGUAAGUCAUUCAGAAGCUGACUUAUUUUUCAUGAUCAAGCAAGUUUAAACUUUCAGAUCUGAGCAUGUUGUAAAACCACAAGUGCUUGAUUACAUCUUUUUUUCACACUUUUAGGACAACUUAGUGGAUGUUAAUACCGUGCUUGAAAUGUUUUAAUGCUAAAUAAAGUUUAGCAGUUUA